AGGAUCAUAGGAGUCGGUCUCUCUUCUCGUACCCACUUUUGAAAAAAGAAAAAACACACACACAAAAUGAAGUUACCACCUUUAUUUUUAUUUAAUUUAAUUACACACUAUUAUUUGGUUCAUUAAUGAAAUUUCCAUUCAACUAAAAACCUUAUUUUCAUUCCUCUUCUUUUUCCUAGUCCUUUUCCCCCCUUGAAUUUGCUUUUCCUAGUGUAGUAGUAAUAAUAGUAGUAGUACUCGACUUAUGUCCAAGUUUUUCUCAGAGAAAAUUCUUGCAUCGUUUUGGGUCUCUGGUUUCUUUUCUCAUGUGGGCAUGUCAGCUUUCUCUUCUCUGAGCUUGGAUGAGUGGGUUUCUUUUUGGGUGCGUGUAGAGAGAUAUGCUUCAAAUUCUUAUUCAUUCAGAUCAAGUCAAGGCUGAGAAUGAGAUAUUGUAACAUUUCUGAGAUGGGUUUUUCGUUUUGGCUUAUGAUAAUUUGAGUUGUUCGUUAAAUUGGUGGAGAGUGAAGUUUUGAAAGUGAAUUUAAGUUUUGCCAAAAUUAGAAAAAAAAAUGAGAGAUUUCCCAUCUUGUUUCGGUGAAAAUGGAGUUCAAGUUGCGGAUUCUUCUUCGUCGAGCAGCAGUAAGAAUGCCCAGAAUUUGGUUACUUGUGUGUAUCAAUGCCGGCUUCGAGGAAGGUCUUGCUUGAUUACUGUUUCAUGGAGUAAAAACUUGAUGGGUCAAGGCCUUACAGUUGGAAUCGACGACUCAUCGAAUCAUUGUCUCUGUAAGGUUGAUAUUAAACCAUGGUUGUUCUCCAAGAGAAGAGGUUCAAAGAGUUUAGAAGCGUAUUCUAGUAAGAUUGAUAUAUAUUGGGACUUUUCUUCUGCUAAAUUUGGAUCCGGGCCUCAACCAUUGGAGGGAUAUUAUGUGGGUGUUGUGGUAGAUCGACAAAUGGUUCUCCUUCUCGGGGAUUUGAGAAAAGAAGCUUUCAAAAAGACUAGUGCAACUCCUAUGCCUUCAGAUGCUGUUUUUGUUGCAAAGAAAGAACACAUCUUUGGUAAGAGGGUUUUCAGCACCAAGGCUCAGUUUUGCAACAAUGGUCAAAUUCAUGAUCUUGUGAUAGAAUGUGACACGAUUGGAGUGACUGAUCCGUGCCUUAUGAUCAGGGUAGAUGGUAAGACUCUGAUGCAAGUGAAGAGGCUUAGAUGGAAGUUCAGGGGAAACCAUACCAUCUUGGUUGAUGGUCUUGCAGUUGAAGUUUUCUGGGAUGUCCACAGUUGGCUCUUUGGUACAUCACUUGGGAAUGCUGUUUUCAUGUUCAAGACAUGCCUGUCUGCCGAGAUGUUGUGGUCUAGUCAAUCUCUAGCCGACCCGAAUGCUUUACCGUGGUCUUUUUCGCAGCGAUUUUCUGAUAGUAAAGGGUCAUCUCUUGGUUUUUCCCUGAUAUUAUAUGCUUGGAAGAAUGAAUAGAGUGAGGCAAAGGUUCUUCAUUGAGAGCUAUUUGCUUUGCUAACUGUGAGUGAGUAGUGAUGAUUCUUGUCAACUAUGCUUGGAUUACACCAGAUUAAAAUUAUAUAUGAAUCCAUUUGUUCUUUUUGUUGUCGUUUUAUUUUUUCUUUUUCACUUCACUAUUCAGUAAAUUAGGCCACAUGAAUAGAUCACAGACAUUUUUUUUCAUUCCCCUUCUGCUGGUUGUAUAUCCCUCUUACAAUGUUAAAUUGGUUCUCAAUAUGUUUUCCCCCUCUAGUGAAUAUUCUGUUAACAAAAUCAUGAUUUUGAAUCUUAUUUUGCCUACUCAAACAAAA